AUGGGAGUUUUCACUUCCUCAGACGAGUACAUUUGUCUAAUUCCUCCGGCUAGGUUGUUCAAGGCUUUGGUCCUUGAUUCUCACAAUCUGAUCCCAAAGAUCAUGCCACAAGCAGUCAAGAGCAUUGAGAUUAUCCAUGGUGAUGGAAAGGUAGCUGGAAGCAUCAAGCAGAUCAAUGUCGUUCAAGGCAUCCAGCUUAGAUCGGCGAAGAUUCGAGUCGACGAGAUUGACGAAGAGAAGUAUGUAUACAAUCACAGCUUGAUUGAAGGCGAAGCGCUAAUGGAGAAGCUCGAGUGCAUUUCUUAUGAGGUCCAAUUUCAGCCAACCCCGGAAGGUGGUAGCAAGAACAAGAUGAUUAGCAAGUACCACACCAAGGGUGAUAUCGAGCUUAAUGAGGCCAUUAAGGAGGAGAUCAAGGUUCGCAAAGACAGGGCCUUGAUCAUGUACAAAGCUGUGGAAGCCUACCUCAUUCAAAAUCCUGAAGCAUAUGCUUAA